AUGGUAAAUAUCGAAGGUUGUUGUGAUCGUGAACUUGGACGUGAUGCCAACCAACCCAACGCUAGUGGACGUGCCGCUUUGCGCAAGGCCAUCAAACGCGCAGCCAAGGCGCAACGACGACUAAAUGAAACCAUCUAUCAAGCGCAGGCUUGUGGACAUAGUAGCUCAUCGAGUUCGAGCGAAAGUGAAACCGAGCAUGAGGUAAAUAGGCGUGGACGUGGUAGGAAUACUCAUCAAGGUUUCAGUAUGCGGUCGCAUCCCUAUCAACACUUUCCAAGAAUGGGUGGCCAUGGUUUACGUGGCGCACACGGUCCAAGGGCUUCAAUGCGAGGAUUUCCACAAGGUAGGCAUACAUUGGGUUUUCCAGGUAUGAUGCCACAUAUGGGUAUGGGUAUGGGUAUGCAUCCACACUCACAUCCACACCAUGGAAUGCAGCACCACCAUCACCACCACCACCCUCAUCAUCACCCUCAUCGUCAUGGUCACUUUGGUCACAUGCCUUCUUUUCCCGGACAUGCUGGUCCUUUUGGACGUGGUGGUAGAGGCCACCAUGAACAUGGUCCAGGAGCAGGCCCAUUCGGUAGACACUUUCCACACUUUGAGGACAUGGGACAUGCUAGUGGUCAUCGUGAGCGCGCACACAGUUUCCCAGGCUUCUAA